GAGGCGAGAAAGAUGCAAGCGUUCCUCAACCUCAUUGCGAGAGUCGCCGGUAAUAGUUAUGUAGGACGUUUGAUUAGAAGCGCAGAGUAUGCGGUGAAUCACACGCGCAAUGGGAGUGGUGAUGAUGACAGUGAAAGUGAUAGUCAGUCUGAAGGCAACGGUCAUGAGAACGACGGCGAUGCUGGCGGCGAUGAGGGAGCGCAAGUGUCUGAUGGUGCGUUGGAUCGGAGCCACGACAGCGCAAAUAGCGAUGGCCGUAGCAGGAGUCGUAGCAAUUCAGUUUCAAGCGGCUACAACGGCAAGGUGCCUUCCUCGCACGACCUCCAUGCAUACGUCUCGCAAAGUCCUCACAAAUUCGAACGUCUGCCAUCACCAGAGAGUGUCAAUGAGGAAGACGGGCCCGCUGCUGAAACUCAAUUCCCGCCCUCUGCUAUCCCUCACAAUUACAGCGUAAAUCGCAAACGCUCUCGUGAUGAUCUCGAGGACAUGUAUGCCACACCGGGUCCGUCCACCGCUGCCCACCCCAGGGCAAGCAAGCGUUUACAAAAACAAAAAGCUGUCGACGCCCCUCUCGCUCCCCCGUCCGGAUCCCGAAAACGUCCCCUCGAGAUUGACGAUGACAACGAAUCGCUUGCCCCUUCGGAGUCUGCUAGCCAAAGAGGUUGGAAAGGCAAAGGAAAGGCCGUAGAUAAUGGACGGCAGAACAAGCGCCUUCGUCUAGAAGAUGAAGAGGGUCACGACGAAUCCAGCUCUUCAGUAUUAGCCCAGUCGGCUGGUUGGUUCAAGUGGUUGAAAUCCAGCGUUAGCGCUUCCCAGAGAGCAUUGACCCCCAUUCCUGACGCAGGUGACGAGCCUUCAGAAGAAGUAGAGUCUAUCGGCUCUCACGCCGAAUCCGAACCUGAACUUCAGUAUCCAUUCUCAUCGGAGGAGUUGGCACUUGAACGUCUGUCUGCUGCAAGCAAGGUCCCGUAUAGCGAUUUGCACGACAACUUGUCAAUGGUUCCUUCAUUGCCUCAGUCGUCCCUCUCCUUGGAAGUUCAGCCUGUCGGUGCACUUUCCCUGGCCGUGCCUUCCGAUGUCGUCCCAUACACUGGCCCCAGUUCCGCCUCCGACGUCGUCGUUCUAUCCAGCCGCGAAGCCCGAGUUCGCUCGCUCCGCCCUCGGCCUGAAGUAAAGGCAGACGCUGGAAAGAAGCUCCUUCAGAUUGACCGAAGGAGAGGUGCCCCACUCAGGCGUGAUCCAUGGCGCAUUCGGGAGAAGGAUGGUGAAAUAGAGCUCCAUCAUGUCGAUUCUGACUUUUGAAUUGUGAAUCAGUUUUGUUAUUUUUUGAUUUUUUUUUUCUUUCUCUUUCUCGGUGAAAAUUACUGUACUUGGAUUCUGUAUAUUUGAAGCAUUCGUCUCAUCUUCUCUUUCUCUCGUCACACUUACAAGCUUACGAGCAAGCAAUUCGUGCACUAUACCUUAGACUGGAAUUUUGGAGCCCUCAAUAUAUUCUUCAGCUUACUUACCACUCUUCCCGAGCGACUACGAAUCACGACAAGAUCGCAUUCGUUCUUCGCAGAACAGAACACGCAAAAAGCAGCACGGCUCAAAUUAGAGCUGUCAACAUAUCUGAUACUAUUU